AUUUGUUUAACACAAUGCAUAAUAUACCUUGCUUUGUUCUUUGCUUAAUUUUACAUUAACAUACAAUAUAUCGGUGAGGAUUUUGUAAAAAAAUCAUGUUUGUUUUGGUUUAGUUAUAACAAUUGUCUGAUGCUUACAAUUUAUGUUCCACCAUAAGUGAAUCACUUGCCCAGUUUUGGAUGUGGCUGAGCUGAACAUAAUACAACACUGAAAUGAUAAUUACACCAGGCACAUGGCGUACUAGUGUCAGACCACACCCGCAUCAAGUUCAUGCAUGUAAGACGAUUAAACAAAUCCAACAGAAAUGUCAAGACAGAAGAACAGGAAAAUAACAGCUGUAGAGACAAUGGAGAUACAAGAUACGUGUGCCUACAGACCAAAGUCUGGUGGAAUGAUGUCUAGUAUACCAUGCUGUGGCCAUCUCCAUGAUAAAUUGUGUUUCAAACUGUUUGUAUUCCUUGCUGUGUUUCUGCUUGAUGCUGUGGACCUUGUCAGUGACUGGCUGCUAUAUGUAGAUGUUGCAGGUGCUGAAGAAGGCUUGGUUUACGGACCACCAGAAGACAUUCUCCGGUACUCACUUCUUGCUUUCUCUAUCAUCGGUUCUUUUACAUUUACCUUUGAAAUAGUAAAUCUAUGGUGGGAUGUUUUUAGAAAUGAUCCCUGGCUCGAUGCUGACCUACUAUCAGCCAUUACAGUGUGGAUAGAAGAUGUUCCACAAAUCACAAUCAACGUUGUUAUUGUUGCUUGCCGUGAGGAGGCUAUAAGUUACUUUCAGCUGGUUAAGGCCUCCGUGAUAAUCAUUGGUGCUGUCAUAAGAAUUAUUGUAUCUCUGAUACGAUACUGCAACAAAAAGGCUAGACAUGACCUUCAGUGUGCAAAGGUUAAUCCUGAAUCAAGGCGUCAUGUUGUUUACAGAGUAUUUAUCAUGAUUGGGCUGAUAAUAACACUAGGUGGUGCUAUAACAAUUUUCAUGUUUACACAGUCAGAGCGAAACCCUGAUGGAAGUUUGAAUUUUAAAGUCCCACAUAGUGUUAUCGAGGGUGAAUAUGAUGAUCAGAAAUACUUCCAUAACGUCAGUAUCUACUUCAGCCACAAGCUAUUUGACUGGGACACAACUUCAAAGGUGUCUCCUGAAAAUCUUAAUCUUGUCAGAUUGUUCAGAAUUAAUGACAUAAGACGAGAAAAGGUUGACAGAACAAUUAAAGUACAAUAUGACCAACAAACAGGGCCAACCAAAAUAAUUAUUUGGGAAAGAGACAUACAUGGGACUAUGAAAGCAAAGGAGUGUUUUCAAAUGGAUAAAACCAAUCAGAAGUUAACCAUUGGACCUAACUGUGCAAGUUUUAUUUCACCAAAAGUUAACCAGUAUGUGCUGAAAUUUCGCUACAUAAAGCCCUCCAUUCCAAGACUUAUAUUUGGUGACAUAAAAUACAAUAUCAAAGUCCAAGUCAGCCCUGCCACAUGUAAAACACCAGAAUUUGCUAUCAAUAAUGACAUAAAAGAUCAUUCUGACAACAGAAAAGUAGCAGCUCUUCACUACUACCGAACAAAGGGUGAUUCUACUGAGACAAACCACAUAGUACAUAAAUCAGCAACAGAAGGAACAUUUUACCACUCUGCGGACUUGGAGGACAUCAUUGAUGUUUGGAAAACAGGAUUUGCAUAUUGCAAGAGUAGUGGAAGUCUUGCACCACACCUAGAUAACUUCAUAGAUGUAUCAUGUAGUUAAAAUGUGCAAGAUAUUUCUUGAGACACAUCACACAUUACACUGUGCAAGAUAAGUCUAUACAUAUAUCACACGCUUUCACUGUGCAAGAUAACUCUAUACAUGUAUCACACAGCUUACUCUAUACAUGUAUCACACACUACAAUUUGCAAGAUAACUCUAUACAUGUAUCACACACUACACUGUGCAAGAUAACUCUAUACAUAUAUCACACACUUUCACUGUGCAAGGUAACUCUAUACAUGUAUCACACAGCUUACUCUAUACAUGUAUCACACACUACACUGUGCAAGAUAAUUCUAUACAUAUAUCCAUGCUUACACUGUGCAAGAUAACUCUAUAUAUGUAUCACACAGCUUACUCUAUACAUGUAUCACACACUACACUGUGCAAGAUAACUCUAUAUAUGUUUCACACACUACACUGUGCAAGAUAACUCUAUACAUGUUUUACACAGCUUACUCUAUACAUGUAUCACACACUACACUGUGCAAGGUAACUCUAUACAUGUAUCACACAGCUUACUCUAUACAUGUAUCACACCCUUACAAUGCGCAAGACAACUCUAUACAUGUAUCACACGCUUACACUGUGCAAGGCAACUCUAUACAUGUAUCACACCCUUACACUGUACAAGACAACUCUAUACAUGUAUCACAUGCUUACGCUGUGCAAGACAACUCUAUACAUGUAUCACACGCUUACGCUGUACAAGACAACUCUAUACAUGUAUCACAUCCUUACGCUGUACAGGACAACUCUAUACAUGUAUCACACGCUUACACUGUACAGGACAACUCUAUACAUGUAUCACACGCUUACACUGUACAGGACAACUCUAUACAUGUAUCACACGCUUACACUGUACAAGACAACUCUAUACAUGUAUCACACGCUUACAUUGUGCAAGACAACUCUAUACAUGUAUUACACGCUUACACUGUACAAGACAACUCUCUGUACAAGACAACUCUAUACAUGUAUCACACGCUUACACUGUGCAAGACGACUCUAUACAUGUAUCACACGCUUACAUUGUGCAAGACAACUCUAUACAUGUAUCACACGCUAACACUGUGCAAGACAACUCUAUACAUGUAUCACACGCUUACACUGUGUAAGAAAACCCUUUACAUGUAUCACAAGCUUACACUGUGCAAGACAACUCUAUACAUGUAUCACACGCUAACACUGUGCAAGACAACUCUAUACAUGUAUCACACGCUUACACUGUGUAAGAAAACCCUAUACAUGUAUCACAAGCUUACACUGUGCAAGACAACUCUAUACAUGUAUCACAAGCUUACACUGUGUAAGAAAACCCUAUUCAUGUAUCACAAGCUUACACUGUGCAAGACAACUCUAUACAUGUAUCACAAGCUUACACUGUGCAAGACAACUCUAUACAUGUAUCACAUGAUCACACUGUGCAAGACAACUCUAUACAUGUAUCACACGCUUACACUGUGCAAGACAACUCUAUACAUGUAUCACACGCUUACACUGUGUAAGACAACUCUAUAUGUAUAUCACACACUUACACUGUGCAAGACAACUCUAUACAUGUAUCACACGAUCACACUGUGCAAGACAACUCUAUAUGUAUAUCACACACUUACACUGUGCAAGACAACUUUAUACAUGUAUCACACGAUCACACUAUGCAAGACAACUCUAUACAUGUAUCACACGAUUACACUGUGUAAGACAACUCUAUAUGUAUAUCACACACUUACACUGUGCAAGACAACUCUAUACAUGUAUCACACGAUCACACUAUGCAAGACAACUCUAUACAUGUAUCACACGAUUACACUGUGCAAGACAACUCUAUAUGUAUAUCACACACUUACACUGUGCAAGACAACUCUAUACAUGUAUCACACGAUCACACUGUGCAAGACAACUCUAUAUGUAUAUCACACACUUGUACUUCGCAAGAAAAUUAUGCAGGCACAUAUCACACACUUGCACUGUGCAAGAUCACUGCAUACUUGUAUCAUGCACUUAAUCUGUGCAGAAUAACUCUAUACAUUUAUCAAACACUUAAACUGUGCAACAUGAGUUUACCGUAAUUCAAGUAUAACAUUCUGCAUUGUUAAUGAAAAUUCUUUCAUCACCUCCAGUUAAUUUAGAUGUGCUAAAUUAGUUUUAAUCUGUGACUGUAAUUUUGUAUUUUCCUAACUUCUGAUAACUGAAGUAUUACAACAGCCAUCUUUGGAGUACUAUAAUGAAAUUCUUUCAGGAAAUAUCUCAGACUUAUGUUUGUAUUUCAGUAAGGGAAUCUUUGUUGGGUACAGACCUACUUUUCCUACUUAAUAAAAUGGUGCUGCAAAUUG